AUGGCUUCAGGGGACGGGUAUCGGGUCAACCCAAGUCUCGCUGCGUGGCCGGUGUCUUUGGUCUUUUGCCUCCAGAAGCGAUGGCGGGCUCGACGGGGGAUCAGCAGCGUCCGUGCCGCCAUCAAGCAGCUGGAGCCGGAGCUCUCGCGCUUCUUAGAAGACUGGGAAGACCGCAGUCGGAGGCUCGCGGCCUUCGACGUGCCGUCUUUGGACGAACUGGCCUUCUUCGCGCACGCGCGGCCGCUAGUAGGCCUUUCUGAGGACCUUUGCCCGCUUGCGCCAGAGCUGCACCAAUGGCUGAAAGGGUGCACCGAGGCCAUUGGCGCUCGCCUCGAGUUGGCGCGGAGCGAUGACACCACCGCGGCCCCGAUUCGCUGGGCCUCGGCCGAGGAGGUGGUGGAGCAAAGUGAGGCAGAUGGAGCGCAGCUCCCGAAAUUGCUGUUGCACCGCGCUUCCGAGGCGCAAGGGUUGGCUACUGCUACUGCGGUUACGCCGCUGGAGGUCACGGAACUUCCACAGAUGUUCGUAGGCGCCCGGGCGCGACUGGGCGCCGCCUGGGCGACGUUUUGGCGCCCGGAGCCGGUCAAUGCGGAGGACGGUGUGACUACACAGCCUCUGUCGGCCAGUCAAGUCCGAGGCAACUGGAUUUUCGCAGCCUGCGUGCUGAGCACCACGCUCGGCUUCAUGGCUGUGUCCAUCCGCAGCAGCAGGAAAGCAGCUGAAGGUGGUGGAUGA